AUGGAGAAAUGGGCGGUCGAGUUGAGCGAAUACGAUAUUGAAUAUCGCUCUCGUCCAAGUUUGAAGUCGCAAGUCCUGGCUGAUUUCAUCACCGAGCUGUCUCCUGAACUCGGAGACCCUACCCCUAAUGAGGAACACUGGACGAUGUUCGUCGAUGGUUCGUCGUCUCAUCAGGGGUCUGGCGUGGGACUCAUUCUCCGAUCUCCGAUUGGCGAAGUACUUGAGCAAGCAUUGAAGCUUAAUUUUAAAGCAUCAAAUAACGAAACGAAGUAUGUAGCCGUCCUCGCAGGACUUUGGUUAGCACGAGGACUCGGGGUGACACGCCUGCAAGUUUUCUGCGACUCCCAACUAGUAGUCAGCCAGUUUAGUGGCGAGUUCGAUGCCAAGAACAAGCAAAUGGGAGCAUACUGUCAGUUGGUCCGGACAUUAUCUAGGGAAUUCACUUAUUUUUCUCUGACGAAGGUCCCACGAAACAAGAACGCAUCAGCUGACACUCUCGCAGCCUUGGCGAACUGCUUGGAUCCGGAUUUGCGACGAGUGCAUCGAAACAUCCAGCAUCGACCUAGUCAGCCUAAUCUCCGUCAUUAA